GAAUCCUGGAUGACCCUUGAUCGUGUUGAUGAUAAAUUUAAGCUCGGCAUCUCGUAGGCUUCGUGCGUGUUCUGCAAACAUCAGACCUAUAUCGAAUCUCACCAUGUCGUCAGGCCCCAUUAAGAUCGCCGUCCUCGACGACUACCAGGGCAUCUCUGAGCCCAAGUACCAGAAGCUUGACCCCUCAACGUACGAGGUGUCUUUCUUCAUAGAUACACUGUCUCCAUAUGAUCACCCUGAUACCAUCCAAGAUGUCAAGGACAAGGUUGUCGCCAGACUCGAGCCUUUUACGGUGAUCUCUACCAUGAGGGAACGUACCCCCUUUCCGAAGGAGCUGAUCUCCCGCCUCCCCAACCUCAAGCUCCUCCUAACCACAGGCAACCGAAACUAGGGGCUGGACCUGGAAGCCUUUAAAGAGCGGGGCAUUCCUGUUGCUGGUGCUGUUGACAGGGCUCAUGCAGGGUCUGUAGGCUCCAUCAGCACGACCGAGCACUGUGUCGCCCUGAUCCUUGCUGCAGCCCGCAACAUCGCACAGGACGAUUUUUCGGUCAAGACUGGGGGCUGGCAAACGGUUCCUGCCCUAGGUCCAAGUUCCUCCUGAUGAAUGGUCGGUAAAGCAUAAGCUGGCUUUUCCAGUAUGCAACUUGUGAAGAAGGUGUGGGCCCUGAAACUGCUGAGUAGUGUGCCUCAAGGGAUCUGCUUGUGUCGCCAUUUCUGACAGGUUCGGGCGGGUGUCUCUCCUGGAAAGUGCAGUAAACUCCAAGAGAACAUGACCUAUUCUAUGUUGGAGGUAGAUUUGUGCCAUAAAUAUUUCUCAAGUCUGCUCCUCAAACUCUUCAAAGAUCAAUAUCGCGUUCGGGAAUGGCAUAUCUGCCUCGAGCGCCAGUAUAUCUGAAACUGAAGCAGCCGGAUUUAUCGAGUGCUCCCUGUUAUGUUUAGUAUUAUCCAAAACAUAACUGACUUUAAUACAUACCUUUCCAAGCGACAAACAUCCAAAAGUGGGUAACUAGCUUAUUCAAUUUCCUGUUUUCGUGGCUUCAGAAUAUUGUCUUCGGGCAAAAUAGCAACUGGAGGGCAGCGUCAAUGUCACAAGACGACCCUGCCAUCGACUAGCGAUCCAACGUGGCAGGUUUCCGCGCUGCUGCCAUCGUAUAUGUACCGAUCUGGGGCGAUGAUGGCUACACCUACGGUUAAAAGAAAGAGGAUGUCGCUUACCGCCGAGAGAGGAUCAGGGAGAUAAUGAGGAUGAUAUCUUGCUGGGAGUAUCUACGAAGAGGAGUAGCAAGGAGACGAC